AUGCAACCAGUCUGUGCAUACAACUAAAUCUAUGUGCCACAACUAUGUGCCUAUAGCCAAAGAGUAAUGUAAUAUCCUAUAGCUUUGAUAAGUGAAUUUUAGAGGUCUAUAGCAGCUUCUUGCAAAGGCUUUUUGGGCCUUUCUGUUUUUUCCUUUUCGUUUCGCCUGAGGAAUUUUCUGUUAUUUAAAUAACCGUAAAAUGGUUGAUUUUAUGUAAAAAGGCCCGUCCCAAUAGACGAAACAAAUUACUACUACUUGUGUAAAAAAGAAGAAAAAUCUAACCCAAGUUGUUAUUUUGUUUUCACACACCUAAUCAAUAUUGGCUUACAAAAGUAGUCACUAUUAGCUGAAAUGGAAAAGAACACAUAUGAAACAUAUGAAUACUUGCAAACUAAUACAAAUGAUACAGAUCAGUUUUUUGUUGUUCAAGAUGAUGGAACAUUUCUUAUAAACAGACAAGUACAGUAUGUUACACAAGUUCAAAAUAUUAAAGAAGUCCUGGAUGGUGUGCAUUCCUGUACAGUAUAUGGUGUCACUCCACAACAACUAUUUGUUGAUAAUUCAGCUGAGUUGAUAUCUGUAUCUGAUCAAUUCGUUCUUCCUGAGGGGGGAAACAACCCAUACACAAACAAUUAUCUAAUACAGCCUGCAACAAAUACAUCAACAGAACAGAUAGAAGAAACAAUUACAGUUGAUCAAUAUAAGCAACAAGAUCCAAUAUUGAAUUUAGAUGUAACACAGGAUGUUAAGCAAACCAAUAAUUGCACUGAGAUCACACUUAGUGACGAUCAAUAUCAAAUGUUGGAGCAAAAAGGGUGGAUAUUACUUGAAACUAAUGACAAAAUAUAUUUACUCGAUACACUAGGUCUUCAUGACAUUACAACAAAUGAUAAAUUAAUACACAAAUUGAAAACAGAAAAUCAAAACAGUUUUACUGAAAGUACUGAUGACAGCAGGGCUACCUUAUUAGAAAGCAACAUACUUAAUUUAGAAAAUAAUGGCAUUCCUAAUAAACAAGCAACCAAUUUCAAUAAUGGAAGUGGUGUAUUAGUUUUAAAUCAGAAUCCAAUAGAAAAAAUACCUUUAGGAAGUAAUAGCAAUGAUGAAACUAUAUUUAACCAAGAGAAGUUUGAAAUCCCUGAAGUUAAUAGAAAAAUAUCUGAAGGUAUAUUAGAAGAUGUUGAAUUCAAAAAAGAAGAACCACUUGAACAAGAUAAUGAUGAUGUUCGCACACAAGUUCUUGUUAUAGAAAAUGAUGACAUUCGCAGGGAAGGAAAUACUUUAAAAGUGAAAACUAGAUUAUCUCUUAAAAAUAUUCCUGACAAAAUAGUUUUGGGUCAGACAUUGAAUGGUAAGCAAUUAGUUGCACGUGUUGUUAAACCAAAAAAUCAUAAUCACAGUCCCAUGGAAAUAGAUAAACGUGAACCGGACAACCCACGUUUGGAGUUAACAAAUGGACGUAAAUGGGAAAUUCAUACUAACGCUCCAGCAGUACAUUUGAACAAUUUGUUGAAUGAAACAGAAUUCCUUUCGCUCAUACAACAUUUGAUUCAGAACAAAGUAACAAAAUGCUGUGAAGAUGAUAUUGUCUUUGCUGAUUCUGUUAUUUCACAACUAUUACAAAUUCCCGCAUUUAAAGCAACUGUAUUGGAAAGCUACCUAGUUGUUACAAAGACAGUACAAAAUGAAGACUCAUCGGAGAAAACUAUUAACAAAGGAUUAUCAGCCGUGAUUACAGGGAAAGUUUCGGAAGUAAAUGACAAGCUGAAUUUUGUUUAUUUACCAUAUAUGUUACAGAACAUGAUACACCUUUGUGUGUUUCCAAAAAACAAAAAUGUACAAACCUCGAAUCUCAGUAAACAAAAUUUUAAUGUGCUGCAUGUGCAAAUAUCAGAAACGAAACAUAGCGGAACGAAUAAUGUAAGAGUAUCUGCCACGGUUAAUAAAAGAACUAUUCCAAUGGAUUUAAUUGCAAAAGUUCAUAAACCAUUACCUACAACAAUGUACGCGUGUAGUGCUUGUGCAGCACUUUUCAAAACGGAAGUACUAUUAAAAGAACACCAAGAGAAUCGAUGUUUGAAGCCUGAUGACAUUCUUGCUAUGGACAUUGAUGAAUUGUCGAAAACCACUGGAUAUUGUUUAGUUGACGAAGGUGUGGAGAGAUCUUAUACCUGCAUACAAUGUCAUGCAAAAUUCAGUAAACUCAACGCUUGCGAAAAUCAUCUGAAGACACACGUGCCAAAAGCUCACGAAAAUGGUGGCAAUGAAAAAAAUACCAGUGAAGUCUAUAAAUGUAAUAUGUGCCCCUGUACGUAUUUCCACCCAUCCACACUGUCAAAACACAUUCUUUCAAGACAUAUAAAUGUAAGGUUAAAAUCAAAUUUAUGUAAUUCUUAACAAAAUGUUGUAUGAAAGAGGAAAAGCAUAACAAUGCGGGAAAGAUCAAAAUAGAUAAUGUCAGAAUAAUUGGUUAUGUGAAAUGCAACAACGUAUGACCGAAACCUAGUCUAUCAUAUACUUACCUAGUCUAUCAUAUACUUACUUAACCAAUAAAAUGAUGU